AACCCGUUGCACACUCUGGCCUGACAGCUGCUUGGCCCAGGGCCUUCCUUGCAGACGCGUGCACAACCAAGCCUCUUUAACAGCAACCUGCACUGUGUCUCCUGCUGCAAUUACUCCAGUAUAUAAACCUCACUGAAAGGCAGGCUUUUCUUGGGAGCUAAUAAAUAAGCCCCAAAGCCACAACGUGUGUAAGACCUUGAAAAAUGGCAUCAUCAUCUAUUGGGAAUUGUGAACCCUGCAAAAAGCAGCUCAUUGUAUUUUCAGAAAAAGGUUUUUGUUUAAAAAAAAUAAUAAUAAAGAACAAAAAUCACCAAGUGGAGUCUAUACGGGAAAAGCAAUCUAGUCUGAGAUUCCAAGGCCGGUCUCCUUGCUGCGUUAAUCUUUCUGUGCAGAUUUUAUGUAAGAGGCGUUAUUUGCAGGAAAACAAGACAGGGUUCCAAGGAACUCCUCUCUCAUCCCAGUUUCCCAUGUGCAGUUAUAAUCCUCCAGUUGUGACCUCUGCAUUAGUUGCCAUGGAUGCGGAGCAGAAGUUUACCACCUCAGGGUGGCUUGUGGCUUCUGGGGGUGAGAGGAAGCUUUAAGCAGUAAAGAGAAAAAGGGGGAAAGGCACUGUCAGGAAUCGGCCUUCACACGUGUGCGCUGGCACACUACAGUUUGCAAGCGCGUUCAGCUCCACUCCGGGUUGCUUUGAGGAACAGGGUGCGGGACUCCGGCCAUGGGAACAUGAGCAGUCAAAAGACUGCGGAUUCUUUUGUCCCCUGACCUUAGUUUCUUGAGAGGCUUAGUUUCUUGGUGCUCGAAGCGCCCCCCUGAGCGAGCCUUCCAGAAUUUCCAAGUGUCUUUUCUUUAGCUGACGGCAUUUUCAGCCCAGAGUCCAGGGAGCCACUGGUGCCGCUUCCUUGCCCUGGGCUGCCCAGGUGGUUCCCUGGAGCAGCCGCCGCGGGCCACUGCGGCAGGCAGCGGCGCUCCGGGUCCCUCUCAACCCUCCCUCCCCGCACGAGCAAACCCGCUGGGCCGAGGAGCCCCGGCCAACCUUCGCGGGAUGCAAAAACACAACAGAGGGCGCCGAACCCACCAGCACCGUGGCCUUGAAUAUUAAUGUAUGGGCUGGCUCCAGACCGCCAAGUUCCUUAGAAAUGUCUCCGGCUAGGUGUCACUGCCAGACUCCAGAGGUUUCGGUUUACUUCUUAUUUGGAAUCACCGCAUCACACGAACCGCGUUUACUUGGAGGGGGAGGGGCGGGACCAGCCCCACCGCUCGGCGCACACGCCUAGAUCUCACAUUCCAGACCCGAGCCGAUGUGUGUCAGCGCGACAUGGGGCGGGGGCAGGGUUCUCUUCGGAUAUUUCAUUCGCCAUCUGCACGUCACUCCCAAACUUUUCCUCCCUGCGCUCGGAGAGUCAGGUUGACGCGCCCUGGAUGCGGGGCUCGAGGCGCGGGGCUGGGCGCGCUCCCGCGGAGCUGGAGCCGCAGAGCCUCCCGGGCUGGACUCGGGCUUCUCAGGAAAUCUAACAUUUUUAAGAGUUUGCUCCCCAUGAAGAGGAAACAUUCCAAAGGAACUCAGGAUGUAAAAGUAGAGACCUUUACAGGCGUUUGCAUAGAUGGCAUGCCAAUCCAUCUGUCAAAGAGAAGACCAUGAUAUCUUCUAAUCUUGUGUGUGUUUCCAUGUUCUCUGGCGAUAAUUCCUCUACUUUUUUUUGUGCCAUGGGAAAAACCUGAAGGCCAGGCAGAAUUGCUCCUGAACUUGUGAGCUUCUCUGUGGUUGCAGUGGCUCUUCUAGAACAUGACAAUUGGAGAUCACUUCCUUUUGUUGUCUUUCAGAGCUGAAGCAAAGAAUGUCCUUCCUCGUUCUCUAGUGCUCUGGUAUCUGCUCACUGUUACAUUUGUUUCUGUUGCUUGUGCCUUCCAACCAUCUUAUGUAAUCACAAGACAUCCUUAACAUUUUCCAGCACGGCUUGCAGGCAUCCAGACUCCUGGGGGGCUCACCCACAGCUCAAUAAGCCAGUACUCCCGGGCACUACCAUGAGACACUGCAUUAAUUGCUGCAUACAGUUGUUACCCAAGGACGCACACAAACAGCAGGUUGGCUGCCGAGGAGGCCCCCAUCACGGUCACCAGGCGUGCCCCACGUGCAGAGGAGAAAACAAAAUUCUGUUUCAUGUGGACAGUAAGCAGAUGAACUUGCUGGCUGUUCUCGAAGUGAGGACUGAAGGGAAUGAGAGCUGGGGUGGGAUUUUGCGGUUUAAGAAGGGGAAGCGAUGUAGCCUCCUUUUUGGACUAAUAAUAAUGACCUUGGUGACGGCUUCUUACAUCCUUUCUGGGGCCCACCAAGAGCCUCUGAUCUCAUCACCUUUCCAUUAUGGAGGCUUGCCCAGCAACCCCAGCUUGAUGGACAGCGAAAAUCCAAGCGACAUGAAAGACCAUCAUCACCAGCCUUCUGUAAAUAACAUUUCAUACCUGAAGGACUAUCCAAGCAUUAAAUUAAUUAUCAACAGCAUCACAGCCAGGAUUGAGUUCACGACCAGACGGCUUCCAGACUUAGAAGACCUCAAGAAGCAGGAGUUGCAUAUGUUUUCAGUCAUCCCCAAUAAGUUCCUCCCGAACAGUAAGAGCCCCUGCUGGUACGAGGAGUUCUCGGGGCGGAACACCACCGACCCCUACCUGACCAACUCCUACGUGCUCUACUCCAAGCGCUUCCGCUCCACCUUCGACGCGCUGCGCAAGGCCUUCUGGGGCCACCUGGCGCAUGCGCACGGCAAGCACUUCCGCCUGCGCUGCCUGCCGCGCUUCUACAUCAUCGGGCAGCCCAAGUGCGGGACCACCGACCUCUACGACCGCCUGCGGCUGCACCCCGAGGUCAAGUUCUCCGCCAUCAAGGAGCCGCACUGGUGGACCCGGAAGCGGUUUGGAAUUGUUCGCCUGAGAGAUGGGCUGCGAGACCGCUACCCUGUGGAAGAUUAUCUGGACCUCUUUGACCUGGCUGCACACCAGAUCCAUCAAGGACUGCAGGCCAGCUCUGCAAAGGAGGAGGGCAAGAUGAAUAAAAUCAUUAUCGGGGAGGCCAGCGCCUCCACCAUGUGGGACAACAACGCCUGGACGUUCUUCUACGACAACAGCACAGACGGGGAGCCCCCGUUUCUGACCCAAGACUUCAUCCACGCCUUUCAGCCAGACGCCAGACUGAUCGUCAUGCUCAGGGACCCUGUGGAGAGGUUGUACUCAGACUAUCUCUACUUUGCAAGUUCGAAUAAAUCUGCAGAUGACUUCCACGAGAAAGUGACAGAAGCGCUGCAGCUGUUUGAAAAUUGCAUGCUCGAUUAUUCCCUGCGUGCCUGCGUCUACAACAACACGCUCAACAACGCCAUGCCCGUGCGGCUGCAGGUCGGGCUGUACGCGGUGUACCUCCUGGACUGGCUCACUGUUUUCAACAAGGAACAGUUUCUCAUUCUGCGCCUGGAAGAUCACGCAUCCAACGUCAAGUACACCAUGCACAAGGUCUUCCAGUUUCUGAACCUAGGGCCCUUGAGCGACAAGCAGGAGGCCCUGAUGACCAAGAGCCCCGCCUCUAACGCGCGGCGGCCCGAGGACCGCAGCCUGGGGCCCAUGUGGCUGGUCACUCGGAAGAUCCUGCAGGACUUCUACGGGCCCUUCAACGCGCGGCUGGCGCAGGUGCUCGCCGACGAGGCGUUCGCGUGGAAGACGUGAGAGCUCCGGCGCUCGCGCUGGGCCAGCCGGUGGUGCCGCCGUAGCCGGGAUUUUAAAAGCCUGUCCUCGCGAGGACCCAUCUCAGUCAUGGCGUGGAAAACCCUGGGACCCUCUCCGUCCCUGGGCACACGUUGAUUACAACCAUUUCAGAAUUUCCUUUGUGGUGGUCUGUUGAGCAGCGAUCGGCCCCUCCCAGAGCUGCUUCCGCUCAGGCCGGCGGGAGCCACUGCCCCAAGGAGUCAGCCCUGCUGGGAGAGGCCUGGAGGUGGGGCGAGGCGGGCUGGCACCGCACAGGUGUGGAGAGGGCGCCUCGGGAAGGUAGCCCGGCCCUGCCACCCCCGCCUCCCGGAGAGCCUGAGCCUGGGGUCCGGUGAAGCCCACCAGGGGGCGUGCCCCGGGCCUGGGCAGAACUUACACGUCACAUUCACUUUUUUGUUUUUUUCUAGAGAUGGGGUCUCGCUACAUUGCCCAGGCUGGAGUGCGGUGGCUGUUCGCAGGUGCGAUCACAUCACAUUCCCUUUCAAAACACUAUUUUGUCGCGACUGGUAACCUCGUCAGGACGGGGAACGGCCGCUCUUUCGAGAAUAGAGGCUCUUCCACGUCUUUCCCUUUUACUCCAAAGUCAGCCCUGCAGUCUCUUCAGAGAUAAACCCCGUUAACAUCACUAUUUCCAAGAGGAAAAAAAUAAGUCAGUUUUUGGCAGCACCUUCAUCUCUCUGACCUCCUCCCGUUCUGUCCUUGUAGACUUGACUUAGGUUUAAUGCGUUUAAAACAAACCACUUUCUGCAUUUGACUAGCCCAAGCUCUCUUUUCUGCCUCGUUAGAUAUUUUCCCAAGAAAUGCAGUUUAAAAUUGAAGGGAAAUUUUUGCUCUUAAUGCCAGAAUGUGCAACCUCAAGGAAUUGAACAUUUCAUGGAAAAAUCUAGGUAACUCAAGCCCUCAUCCUGUGUAUAAUUAAGGUCAUCGGAGAACAGCCGGGUUUUACAUUUUGAGUUCGGGGUGACUGCAGGCUCUGUUUCUCCCCUUCCACUGCAAUGACUUUAUUAUCCACACUGUCCACCAAGCAUGGUCACAGUUCCUUAACCGGUUACGGAACUACAAGAUACAUGUGUCCUGAUUCAGAAACACAAUGUGUGAGCUGCACUCAGGCUGAACAUGCUAUGUUGAGUUUUGGAAUGAGAUUGCCAGGAGCCAUGCACUUAAUGGAACGUUCUAGGCCACGUGGUAGCCUGGCAUACAGACGGAUGGGCUGAAGGGUUUGUUUGUUGCCAGUCCUGGGGAAGAUGGACAAGCAUGCUUGCACCUGCGUGGCACACAGCCCAGGUGGGACCCGGAAGAAGCUCUGCACCCACGUGUUGUCAAGAGAAGCUUCCUGGUGACCACAGUCCCCAGGUCGAGCUCUCUUCCGCCAGAGUCAGAAAGUGCAGCGCCCACACACCCCGGCGGCCUGCGUGAGGGAGGCAGACUGGGCAGCAGUGGCCGGGGGAUCUGCAUUUGCUCAGCCAUCCGACCCCGGUGCCGCCGUCUGUCUGCCCGUGCAGGCAGGACCCGCAGCCCGUGUGAGGCGCUCAGCACUGAAGGAGCAGUGUGUCCCGAGCUCCCGCUCGCAGGGACAAUCCCGGCCUUUCUCUGCAGCCGGCACUGGGCGCAGCAGCCGGCAGGGAAAUCUGGCCUGAGCACAAGGCAGCUUUAGGGAGCCGUCGCUUCAGUGUGUGAGUGUAUUUAUUUGCCACCAGAGUGUGCGGGUGCGUGUGCGGGUGCAUCCUCUGAGUGGGUUCCCUUCAGCGCCGUGCGGACGCCUCCGCUCUGGACACAGCCCUUUUAGAGAUGAUUUCUCUGCCAGGCACCUUGCCGUUUCCCGUACGCGUUUCACUCGCCACGCCAGCCAUUCGCACAGCAAGGGGUUUCCCCUGCGCCCUCCCAUGCAUGUGAACAACAUGCAGUGUAAUUCUGCUUCUUACAGAAGUACGACUGAGGUAUGGUUUCCAAUAUUAUUUGGUUUAUUAUGCGGAUCGUGUUUGUAUACGCAGGCCCACCCUUUGUGCCAGCCGAUGCCAUCAGACACUUUCCUCUCCAGGGCCUUCCUCCAGGGGCGCACCUGCGGCCUCGGCUUUCUCCCAGCGGAGGCCGGCUCUUGGGGACAGGCGGCACAGGCGCCGUUCCGGGCGGUGGUCCUCAAGCCUGUCAUUCAAAACCAAAGCGAAACGGAGCGUUUCUCACGACCUGGUAUGGAGAUGAAUUUGUGUUCUCAAAAGCUGUAUAUCAGAUUGUAUUAGGUUGUACUCCCUUAGUCCUGUAAGGUAUGUAAAGUGAAUCGCAGUUACGCUGUACUUUUAUGAAUAUUUAACAUAAUUAAAGACAGACCCACGUGGCUGGUACCUGCA